AUGCCAAUGGCCACGGCGAUGAAGUUGCGAUCAAGCUUACUGGAUCCUGCUCCUGGUGAUUGGAGCGAAGGAGGAGGUGAUGUGGCAGACUGCCCAGGACUGCUGACAAAGUCCUUGUUCCCUGUACCAACAGGUCUCACUGCGGCUGAGCUCUGUUGUUUUUGCUUCCAGGUGCUACGUGCGCACUUGGAGAGUUUGCCUCUUCCCAGCUUUCCACCUCUUGCGGAUCCCGGGUUCAAGGCUCCAUUGUUCGUAACGUGGCUGAAGCAACGCAAUAAUGCCAGGACGGGCUUACAUGACUCCGAGCUGGAGCUGCGCGGUUGCAUCGGAUGCCUAGAGCCAAUCCACUUCCACAGCGGCCUCUCUGAGUAUGCCAUACGAAGUUCCAUGAAGGACCGACGGUUCCCACCUGUCAAGCUAGACGAGGUCCCUGCUUUGACUUGCAGAAUAUCGAUUUUGCACAAGUUCGAGCCCUGCGCGCAUGCCUUUGAUUGGCAAGUUGGCGUGCAUGGCGUGUUGCUCAACUUUUCAGACUCUCACGGAAGGCGAUUCUCCGCAACAUACCUGCCAGAGGUGGCCAAAGAGCACGGCAUGACCCGCGAAGUUGCUAUCCGUGAGCUUGUGGCGAAGUCAGGCUAUUCAGGUCCGUGCAACCAGGAAAUUCUGGAUUGCUUGGAGGUCACGCGUUACCAAACGAUUGCUGGGAUCCUUAGACAUUGCAAAGUCGAUGGUGCAAUGUCAUGUAUUGAGUUGGUAAUGGUCCAACACAUGGCACGAAUUCGCAAAGGUGUUUGGCACCCACGUCUGAGUGCCGAGCCUAAUGCUCGCACAAGAACUCACUGCAACCAGUGCAGAAAGGUGCAGGUGCGGUGA